AGUUUUUUUUUUUCCUUUCGGUUUCCUAAAACCUGAUGGCAGCAUUUCUGCUUGGAGACGCUUUUCUAUUGGUCCAGGUGAUUUUUACGCAUUUCUUUUGUUCAGAGUGCUAUUCAUAAUGAGCUAUAACUUUAUUCAGUCAAAAAUCUGGCAGCAAAAUUAAUUUUGGUCUGUCAGAUACCGUGCAUAGACUUCACGUAAAUUUGUCGUUACUUUUUAUGAGAGAGAGAAAGAAAAAAAAAGAAAGAAAGAAAAAGCUCCACAAACUGGUUUAAAGAUUACUUUCACUUUCGGAUUCUUUAACGCGUAUGAGGAAAUAUUCUCCACGUCAGUCCUCUUCGUUGACUUAGGAAUCUUAACUUUUUAUUAUUAUAGGUUAGAAAACAACAGCUUUAGCAUUUAAAUUUGGGGUAAUGGCGCUUGCAGCAGUCUGUGGUGAUAAGUCCGUUUAUGGACAGAUUUUCUCUGGGAAACAGGCGCGUCUCUUCGACCGACCGAACCACUUUAGCUUUGGAACCAAAAUCCAAGAAUUUGCCGUUCCUGUUGGUAACGAGCCUUCAAGCUUCCUCGGAACCUGUAACCGGGAGGAAGGUGUGCGUAUCGAACUGGACCAUGGAACCACCACGCUGGCCUUCAAGUUCAGACACGGAGUCAUCGUGGCUGUGGACUCCAGAGCUUCAGCUGGAAACUACUUAGCAUCCAAUGAUGCCAACAAGGUGAUAGAGAUCAACCCUUACCUGCUGGGCACCAUGUCAGGCAGUGCGGCAGACUGUCAGUACUGGGAGAGACUCCUCGCCAAAGAGUGCCGACUGUACAAACUGAGGAACAACCACCGCAUUUCUGUGGCUGCUGCCUCCAAGCUGCUGUCCAACAUGAUGCUUGGCUACAGAGGGAUGGGUCUCUCUAUGGGGAGCAUGAUCUGUGGAUGGGAUAAAGAGGGUCCUGGUCUGUACUAUGUGGAUAGUAAUGGGACUCGCCUGUCAGGUCGUAUGUUUUCUACUGGCUGUGGGAACAGCUAUGCUUAUGGAGUGGUGGACAGCGGUUAUGAAGAGGACAUGACAGUGGAGGAGGCGUAUGAGCUCGGCUGUCGGGGUAUCGCUCACGCCACACACAGAGAUGCAUACUCCGGAGGAUCGGUAAACAUGUACCACAUGAGGGAAGAUGGCUGGAUAAAAGUGUGUAAAGAAGACGUGUCUAAGCUGAUCCACCGCUACAGAGAGGGAAUGUUCUGAGAAUGACCUCAGAGUCCAGGAUAUCUCACUGUGGGCCACUGUCAGCUAAUGAUGCAUCUUGAAAAUAUGUUAAAACUUGUUGCUCAAAUUGUCUCUUCCUGCAAGUGUCUGUAGUUGAUUACAGAUUUUCUGGAGAAAAACAAAAACAAAAUUGGUUAUGCAAGACAGAAUGUUUUUUGCUAAUAAACCUUGUUAUUACAGUAAAUGAACUACUUUGUCCUGUGAAAACUAAACGAAAGAAUUUCUUGAUUUCUUGCUUUUCAAGUUUCAUCUUAAAACAUCACAACAGAUGCAACAGUCUCUUUCAAGAGGUACAAUGUAUCUGUAAUUAAUAAGACCAAUAAACAACAAAACAUUCAUUCAUUCA